AAAUGGCGACCAACCAGAGCGAGCGGCGUGGCGCCCCCCGGGCAAGGAGGCGGAGCGCGGCGCUCUCACCUCAGGGCGCCGCGGGCCGGGCCCUGCUCUGGGCCGGGCCGCUUCGGCCGGGCGGCGCCCAGCGGGACCCUCCGCCCCACCCCAGGCCACAGCCACCCCACCCGAGGGCCUUCGCGCGGUCAGGGCCGGGCGCUGCAGCAGGCGAUGUCCCCGCGCGCCGCCGGGAGCGCCGACAGGGAUCCCCCGGAGGCCGUUCCUGCCGGAGGAGCGCGGGCAGUCUUUGAGGAAGGAAGGACUUCCUUGAAAGUUCUGCAGAGACCUGGCGAUCUGCGCCCGGCGACAUUGCCAGCAUCUCUCAGCUGCUCUCCUGACGAUGCUAGUCCUUCAAGAUGGGAUCUCCCCUCAGAGCUCCAAAAGGAAUUACCAGCCACUGCCAUUCAGUCAGCUGGCAUUUUCCAGGUGCCUUCGCUGAUGCUGGGAGAUGACAAUAAUCGCUGUGAAAAACGCAGGCUGAUAAUAUCUUGCACUCAACAUUUCUAACCUACUCGGUGCUUUCACUUUCAUCCUGGUAUAUCAAGAAUUGCUUUUCUGCAGUAAGAAAAAGCACUUCAGCGCCAGGACAAACAGGAUUUUACAUGCAGCCUGAUGGAGAACUGGCUUACAUCCAGCACGGAACGACAGCACUCUAGACGUUGCCCGUCCUGGAGCUCUCUCCUGUCCUCCCUGCCCUUGCCCAGCCCAGCAUCAGGAGCUGUGGGGGCUUCUGAGCAGGCUUUACCGCGCCGCAGCUCUCGCUCUCAGCGGGUCCGCGCUGCCAGCACACCAAGGGAUGACCUCUAAGGAUGCUCCAGGUGAAGCUAAUAGUCACUGGAGAUGACUUUGGCUAUUGUCCCCGGAGAAACCAAGGCAUCGUGGACUGUUUCCUGGCUGGUGCGGUGUCUAACGUGUCCCUUCUAGUCAACGGAAGCGCUGCCGCAGACGCAGCCGAGCUGGCAAGGAGAUACGCCAUCCCAAUAGGCCUGCACGCCAACCUCUCCGAGGGCUCUCCUGUAUGCGAGGUGCUCAAGACAAACUCUUCUCUGCUCAACCAAGAUGGGUUCUUCCAUGGGAAAAUGGGAUUCAGGACAGCUCUAUCAAAAGGUCUCCUGAAUAUGUCAGAGGUGAAGCAGGAGCUAAAGGCCCAGGUGGAGCUGUUCCGCGAGCUGACAGGUCACCUACCUCCUCACAUGGACGGGCACCAGCACGUUCACGUCCUCCCAGAGGUGAGGCACGUAUUUGCAGAGGUCUUAGAGGAAUAUGGGAUUAAGUACACGCGUGUCCCAAUAGAACCAGGCCUUCAUAACUGUGACUGGAUUCCACCAUCCCUGAUGGACUUUUAUCUGGGAGUAGAAGAAGAUUCUUUUAACACAGUGGAUGUGUUUACAAGGCAUGGAAUAAGGUGGCCAGACAUUUACAUAGGUUUGAGUACCAUGGGCAAGAACAUGUCUGUCGGUAACAUCUGGAGCGCCAUCGAUACUGCCAUCGCGGAGUUCACGUCCAAGGCGCCCUCGCCCGCACUCCCGCCGCCACAGAGCAGGACAGUGACAAUCGAGCUGAUGGUGCACCCAGGGUACCCCAGUGUCCCACCCGCCGGCGGCUGUGGGGAAGGACCAGAUGAUUUCUCACAGUCCUGGGAGCGCCUCCAUGAACUCCAGACGCUAAUUAAGCCAGAGCUUCAGAGCCAUUACAAAACGCGUAACGUUCAGCUUUGUUCAUUCAAAGAUCUUUAAGUAAACGAGCACGCGCACACACAGACACACACAUUUAGUCAUACUCUGAAGGCAGGCAGUUGCUAGCACCCCGAGAAGCCAGACCACUGUUACCAGCACAAUACCUGCUGGAACGCCGUCAGGCCCCGGGAACAGCAUGAGGCUGCUCACGGAAGGGCAGCUGCAGGCAGAACCCCAGAGCCCGACCGGCAGUUUUUGGGCCACAGCCUCUGCUCUGAAGGUGACAGACCUCUUCUGCAGUACCUGCUCGCUCCCCAGUCCAGCGCGACACGGCAGCCGGGGCCAGCCUCCUCCAGGCCUCAGCUCCUGCCGUCCUGGUGGGGAGCGGCACAAAGACAGGCUUGGCUGAAAGACCAGGUGCACCCCCACCCCGAGGCUUCUCAUCAUUUCUCUUUUGGGACUUAACUGCAAAAAAAAAGAAACAUGCUGGGGAGCAAGUGCUGCUUGGGAGCAACCGCUCUGUGCAGGGUGCCCGCGGGAGGCCUGGCAGCCUUCAGCAUUUGGCUUCCUUAAAGCACCGGGUCCCCCCCCUCCGCUGGUGCUGCAGAGCCUUCCUCUGGCCAGAGCAGUCGGGUGACAGGUUGAGCCUGGUGGUGUCUGCAGCCAUACCCCAUGUCCAGCCUCAGCCAGCACUAAUUACGGCUCUUCCUAUUUACGUUGCCUCUUGGCAUUAAGCCACCGCAGGAAAGUAACAUCAGCGACAGCCCUUUCAGAGAGGCUGCUUUUAUUUUUUUUUCUGGAUGACUUUGAAAGAGCAGCAACUGUUGACCCAUCUGCUAUUUCAGUAACUGCUGCAUAUGAGAGCUCACCAGCAACUGUUCCUGCGCUGCCCGCUGCCGCUCACACCCAACGUGUGGGAUGGCCGUGUACCAACCAUGAGCAAGUUUUCAAGUGGAGAAGGUUCUUGUAUUUCUCCAGUUUUAUUCCUGCCAUCAGAGCACUCAAACUUCAACAAGCCCUACUAAUACUGAUACGUUUCACUGUGCUCUUAACUGCAGCCCUGUCACUCACAUAUAAUGUUCACAUGGAAAAAAUAUUUUAGAUUGUUUAUGCUCGUUUUCUGCGCCAAAGUAAUCUAUUUAAUGUAAUACUUUUUGGUUAACCAAUUUUUUUAAUAUUACAAAUUUAAAUAUGAUCAUCAGUCUUUUAAAUGAAAAAUAAACUCAGGUGUUUUUCUAUUCUAAUGCUUCAGGAGGCUUUUGGUUUCAGUUACAGCUGGAGAGCACACCAAACCCACGCACCCACCGGCUGCUACUGCGGCGUGCCCAAAGGGCGUCUCUGCCUGGCGUUAAUGGGAGCCGUCCGACCCUCCCUAUAAAACAUCUCAGGAAGCUUUUGUUCUGUACAAAUACGAAAAACAACAUCAAAGAUGCUCUAGAAGAUGUUUUUCCAGGUUCUUUCCUAAAUCACUGUCACAGAAUUAAUUUGAUAAAUGACAAGUUUGUUUUUAAAAACCCCCUCCACCGUGCUGGGCAAGUGCUCCCCCACGCAGGCGAGAGCAAGGGCUACCUUUUGGA